AGGCCCGAGGUCAGCAUGGCCCCCGCGCGCCGGCGGCCCCUCCGCUGCCGCCGCACAUGCCCCUCGGGCCGCUCCCGCUGCGGCGGCGGGCGCUUCCGCUGCUGGCCGCGCUGCGGGCGUGCCGCGCGUUCCCCCCGGUGGUGCACCAGCUGUGGAGCCCCGCGGGGCAGCCGAGGAGCGAGGCGCUGCGGGGCGCCAUGGCCGCGUGGCGGGCCUACCAGCCCGAUGUGGAAUCCUCUGGAACGACUCCUCGGCCGCCGUGGUGCUGCACGAGUUCGGAGGCCAGGAGGCCCCGGUGGAUGCCUACGCCGAGUUCCCCCCGGCCCAGAAGAAGGACCUCUUCAUGUACGCGCUGCUGGCCCAGCGGGGCGGCCUCUUCGCAGACUGCGACGUGCGCCCGCUGCGCCCCCCCGGGGGCUGGCUGCACGAGCUGGGCUCCGCGGGAGAGGAGGUGCUCCUGGGGCUCGAGGCGCGCGGCUCGGAGGAGCCCGGGUGCCCCGCGGCCGCGCGCGCAGGGGGAGCCCCGCGGCGAGGUCUGGAUCAAGAUCCAGGAUUUGCAGUUGCGGCUGCAGAAGGAAAAUGAAGAGUUGGCCGCAAAGGCCGACAGGCUGUGGGCAUCAGGAGCGGCCGUCACAGCUUGGCAAUUGCAGAACGGUUUUACGGGCCACCUCCGAGACGCCAGCGCCGGACAGCUGCACCUGCCCUUGCCGCAGCAGGCCCGCGCUGGCGCGGACAGCACGGCGCAGGCGGUGGCCGCGCGAGCGGCCCGCCCUGUCGCGCCCCGCGGCGGGGAGCCCGGCAGGGUCACGGUGGUGGCCCGCUUCGAGGAGCAGAUGGAGUUCCACCGCUGGGGCGCCCGCACGCAGCUGGCGGUCUGGGCGGCGGCGAGCCAGCCCAACUCCUCCGUCUUCCGAGCGGCGGCGCGGAGCGUCCUGCGGAGCCACCAGCUGCGCGCCCUGGCGGGAGACUACAUGCACAUGUCCACGAUCCAGUCUACGGGGCCAGGGCUCCUGACGCGGGUGGUGGAGGCGAAGCUGGCAGAGCGCGGGCUGUCCUUGGAGAGUUUUCGGAGCAUCAGCAGUGAUUGA